AUGGUAUUCACCGCGAUAGGCGGUGCAGCAAUAGUGGCUAGCUAUCUAGAUGCAAAAUAUGGAAUAAUGAGCGAUAUCAAAACUAUUUUGUCGAAAAAUGCUAGAGCAAAAGUUUUGCCACAGAUAAUGGAAUUGGGUAAACAAGGAUAUGCCUCAGGUUAUUUGCUCGUUGAAGAUGCUGCUAGAAGAUGGCCGAAUAAAGAAGCGCUCGUUUUUCAAAAUAGAAGUUGGACAUUUGCACAGUGUGAACAAGGUCUCCGUAACGAAAGUCUUAAAUACGCGCUCGACUCGUGUAAACCGAAAUUGGUUGUUGCGAGUGAAGAUUUGGUCUCACCUAUUACCGAAAUAAACAGUAUUGAAAUUCCGAUCGUCGAAUUUCGAUUCAGUAAUAAAGCGUCAAAGGAUAACGAUGAGAACAACAUCACCUACAACAAAAUUAAUGAUAAUGUUUUUAAUAUUAACUUGAAUGCAACAACGACGCGAACAAAACGUUUAUUCUUGAACGAAUUGCCGAAAAGCGAUUUGAAUAAAUUUGUAAGACCGAAAAUAAAGUUACUCGAUAUCAUGUGCCAUAUUUAUACGAGUGGAACUUCGGGAUUUCCAAAGAUCGUCGAAUUCUCACAUCUUCCAUUUAUAUAUCUCAAAUUUGUUGCCCCAAUGCGAGAAGGUUUCUUUUUCGAUGAUCGUCGAUAUUCCCCUUUGCCACUUUAUCAUACUUCGGCGUUGGCACUUGCACUUUGCUCGUGUUGGGGAGUUGGCGCAACAUUUAUAGUCGGAAAAAAGUUUAGUGCCUCAAAAUUUUGGGAGGAAUGUCGAAGAACUAAUGCAACCAGUUUUCAGUAUAUAGGUGAAAUCUGUAGAUACUUGAUGCUACAGCCACCAUCAAUUAACGAUAAAAAUCAUAAAGUUCGUCUUAUUUACGGAAAUGGUCUUCGAAGCGAUAUUUGGCAAGCAUUCAGAGAGCGAUUUGGAAUUGAAAUAAUCAUGGAAUUUUAUGGGCAAACAGAAGGCGCCACGAUAAUCGAGAACAAGAAUUAUGGAUUAUUUGGACUCGGAGCAGUCGCACGUAAAGGACCGUUGCUAAACUCACUAGAUAAGUCAUAUGUGAUAGUAAAAUUCGAUUUUGAAAAACGUGCUCCUUAUCGAGAUCCAAAAACAGGACGAUGCGUUUUGGCCAAGAUCAAUGAGCCGGGAGAAAUGAUUUAUCAAGUAGACCCAAAUAUAUCUCGCGGGUACUUGAAUGUACCACCAAGAGAAGACCCCAGAAAUCUGCUUGAUGUUUUUAAAAAGGGUGAUUUUUGGAGACGUAUGGAAGACUUACUGGCUGUCGAUAAGGACGGGUGGUAUUAUUUUGUGGAUCGAAUUAGCAAUUCAUUUCGAUGGAAGGGUGAAAACAUCGCAUCGCAAGAAGUUGAAAUACAUUUGUCUGCCUAUCCACAUAUUAUUGAAACAACAGUCUACGGACUGCCGUUAAAAGUUUACGAGGGCCAAGCAGGAAUGGCAGCUUUGAUUCUUAAUAGGCAAAAUAAAGAUUCAAUCCAAAAGACAAUGAGAGAACUUCCUCAAUUUUUAGUGGAGCGUGGGCUGCCUAAGCCUGCAAUUCCAAGGUUUAUUCGAUUAAUUGACGAGUGA